AUGGACCCCGAAUUUGAUUAUAUCGUUACUGUCAAAAUGGAAAGGAGUAACGAGUCCGGGCAGGCGACGAUUCGCUUCUUUCCAAGGCCCCAAUUCGAACGAGUGGAAUUGUCUCUGUCGACACCUUCAGCUGAUGACGUGGGCUUCAAGGAAACUUCGACUCCUUCUGAGACCGAUGAGGAAACUUCUGAGAGGCCGGCGAACACUACCGUGAUUCUUACCGAUAAGUAUUGGAACAGAGCCGUGCUCACCGUUGAAAAGGUCGAGUUUGGCCCGAACGAAGUGCGAGAACUCGGAUUGAAGUCCCCAGAAAAGCAGUCAGCCUACUUGAGGAACUUUACGGAGCUUCUGAGCACUUGCGCUGUCACCUGGUCAGACGAAGGUGAGCUUCAAAACCUUAAAAUUGACUUGUAAAUCGUGAUUUGAAAUCCUAAAAAUCAUUCCAAAUCUGAAAAAGUCAUCCAUUCUGAAAAUUGAUGAAGGCAAAGUCGGAAAAGGUGGAAAAAGGCUCCAUAUAAUGUUUCUUUUUUGCUGCCUCUUUGCACCAAUUUCUCGGCCAUUAUGCACCAAUUGUGCUGCCUUCCCUUUUUCCAUCAUUUCUAGAGCCUCAAAAUCCCAGAAAAAUGAAAGGCUUGAUAAAGGGACUCUCUUUACUGCCUUUUUCCAGCCUUUUUGAAGCUUUUUCGCUGCCCUUGCGGCCUUUCCUGAGCCUCUCUCUUUUAGCGGCCAUUAACCACCCUUCCGACUUCGCCCGAGUUUUUUUCUUACAAGGUUUGCUCAUAAAGAAAAAGUUUCCAGGUCGGUACCCCGUGCCGGACUCCCAGAAGCGAGAUAAAUUGGCCUUCGUCAACGAAAAGUUCAUUAUGAUGAUAAACCUGGUAAGCCUAGAAAUCUCAUUCAAAUUGAUAAAAUGUUUCCAGGUGAAAAGAUCCGCUCUUCCAGACUGCCAAUUCCAUCAACAGCUCGUCCAAGUUUUGGACACCCACGGCGAAAAAUUCAGCGAGAAUGUUCGGUCGGCUAUUAUUGUGAGUUUUGUGAUUUUUCACCUGUCUAUGAAAAACCGGUGAAGAUGGCAUUGAUAUGGUCUUUGUAUGGUUAAAGAUACUACUUCGCGAAAGUAGUUUUUUGUCGGAUGCGCUGAAAAAUCAAGACGAGCCAUUUUCGAGCUGUUUCAUGCUACGCGCAAGUAGUUUUUUGUCGGUAGAAAAGUCAAGACAAGCCAUUUUCAAGCGGUUUCAUAGCCAUCGACUUCCUCAGGCUCCAAAGAUUUAUUAAAAAAUCGAUUCCAGAGAAACGACCCAGGAGAAAUUGACUUCCUGAUCCGCAAGCAGACGGUGAUCUUCUGCCUAUUGCGCCUCCUUACGGUCCCUCGCUAUAAUUCGGAAAAAUGAAGCAAAAUGCUCAAACUUCUCAAAUUGAUUCUGCGACAUCAAAGAAGUCUUGUUGAAAUUGUUAUAACGCACAAUAACCGGUUAAUUUGAAAAACUCUUGUCUUUCAAUGCUAUCCGUGUUUUUUUUUUAAUUUUUCAACCUUGUUGUUAUUUUUUUCUGUAAUAAAGCUUUUUUUGAUACAAGUUAUUUUUCCCAAUCAAAAGAAAGCUAUAAAUUCCAAUCAGAGAAGACUUAUUACGUCGCUGACUUUGCGACUCGGCUAAAUAAACAAGAUCCUUAUAAAUGACGUCAUGAGCUUCCAGCAACCGUUUCAACCUUAAAAGAAAGUAUUUUCAAGAUGAUUUUUUUUGGAUCAAUGGUGUCAAACUGAUUGAUGACGUCACUGUUUGCAACUCGACUUUGCGACUCGGCUAAAUAAUCGAAAUCCUUCUGAAUGACGUCAUGAGCUUCGAACGACCGGCUACUGUACUUCCUCGAAAUAAAGUCAUUUCAAAUAGACUUUUCUCCAUCAGAGAGGUCAAACUGAGUCGAUGACGUCAUUGACAAUGCGACUCGGCUGUGCGACUCGCCUAAAAAGGCAGCUUUCAUCAGAGAGGUCAAACUGAGUCGAUGACGUCAUUGACAAUGCGACUCGGCUGUCCGACUCGGCUAAAAAAACAAGGUGCUUCUGAAUGACAUCAUAAGCUUCUAAUGACCGGCUACCAUAUCGAAUCGAAACAAAGUAAUUUCAAACUGAUAUUUCUCGUCCAUGGAGUGAAAUUGAUUAGAUGACGUAAAUCGGCUGUGUAACUCGCCUGAAUCAGUAAGAAGACAUAUCGAUCCAAAAUAAAUUUUUUUUUUAUUUUUUCAAUUUUAUUACUGUUUCAUUGACUUUAUUGCUUUGCAACUAGAUCAACCAGAUGCUUCUCAAAGAUUUCGCGAGGUCAAAUCGGCCUGCUGCCCUUUGUUCUUCACACUACAUAGAAAGUUGCAGUAUGUUUAUAUCUGAGAUACCGCGAAGCCUUUGUCGCGCGGCUACUCUUCGCCAUCGAAACAUCGAAAAGAGACGGCUUUGUUUUUUUUUUCGGCACGUCGUUCGUCGAGCCGCGACAGUGCCUUUCUUUUUCUUUGACCAUUGAUUUUCUAGCGUAAAUUUUGCGAAGAGGUUUUGAUAGCUUUACAGUUUCAGGGUAUUAUGGGGUCUGAUUGAAAUUAGAAACUUUUCCUGUACCUCAAAUUUUCCCAAAAAUUUUUUUUUUUGAAAAACAUUCUACUUUUCAAAAUUGAAGCGAAAAAGAUUCAAUGAGUGGCAAAUAAUUGAUUUUUAAUUACAGAGGAUGUCGGACUCUUCCGAUCCUCUCGAACAGUUCACUAUAGUGGCAAAAGAAAACGUUCCGGCUUCUGUCCAAUUCAUCUCCGGCGAAGAGCUUCGCUUAUGGAACGAAGCCUUACUCUACGUCUACAGAAUUGAUCUUCAAACCAUCGAAUUGAAGACGAACAUCGAGCCCGAGGACAUGAGGCAAUACGAAAACUUGGCCAGAUUCACGAAGUAUCUGGGGGAAAGACGGAUGAGAGGUCGGUUUCUCAGGCAAUUCCUGUGAAGGUACUGGAAAGAUAGCUUCCAUGCCUGCCAACAACCUGCUGGAAGGCUUCCGGCAGGUUAUUGGCAGGCUGCUGGAAGGUUGUUGCCCGAAAUUUUCAAAUUUUUACCUUCCAACAACCUUCUGAAGACCUUCUAGCUUCCAAUUCCCUUCCCAACGCCUUCCUCAGUUCUCUCAAAAUAUAUGAUUUCAAGAGUUUCUUCUCCCGGGUCGAAGUGUCGAAACGAAGCUCAAAGAGUUGAUCGAACUCAACAACAAGUUCAACGCCAUGACCCGAAUGGUUAGUUCAAUAAGAUUUUUUGAGAACGCGUCGCGGUUGCGAUGCGGCUGGAGCCAAAAAUAUCAUUUUGAAAAAAUCGCGACGCAUCAAGCCAUGCUCACGGCAUUCAUAACGGGCUGAUGCGUCAGAUUUUCUGAAUUUAGAAAAAAAAGUAAGUUCGCGCUACGGAUAAAAUGACGUCAUUCUACGUCGUUUGUUCGAUUGGCUGCGUACUUGAGGCUUAAAUUUUCGCGCCAAAAUUUUUUCGACGCCACCCCGUUUGAGGACGACGUGUGCUCUAAUAGUUCCACAAAUGAAUAUAAUUCUAGUUUCAAUCGAUUGGCGAGAGAAACGAAAAUCAACAGAAGAUGAUCGACAGAUUUGCGAACUCUCCUGGGGAAUUUCAAAAGGAAGUUCAGUCGGCGAUCGAUGUAAGUUAUCUUUUUCAUCUGUCACAAAAAAUAUAGUUUUUUCAAAGCCGUCAUGAAACAAAAAAAAACCAGGGCGGUUUUUUUUCCGAAGAUUACUGUAUGUAAAAUCGACAUUUGAAAAAAAAUCAGAAAAAAAAUCACGAGAGGGAUUACUCAAAACGUGCAAACACGUGAACACGUCAAAUGCAGAAUUUAAUAUACACUACUCCUCGGAAAAGAAAAACUUGCUCUGGAAUAAUUGCUAGUGGUCACUUUAGGGUUUUGACGUUUCAGUGCCCACUAUAGUAGUUGAAUUAGUGGUCACUCAAAUUCUUAACGUUUAGUGACCUUUUCGCAAGUCUUAUUGAUCACUAUAGUCAAUAUAGUGACUAUAGUGAUCAGUAAGAGGCAAAAUAUUAGCUUCUAUAGAGAUGCUUUAAGUGGCCACUUCAGUGUCCUAUCCAAUUAGUCCUUGAGGGACCUCUUCAGGGGCCACUAGAGUCUAUUUUAGCACCUAAAAAAAUUUAGAAUUCUCUGAGAAAAAUUUUUAGUGGCCACUACAGAGGCUCGCCAAGGACUGCUUAGAGAGGAGGACCCGCCUCUAUAGUGGCCCCUACUUUCUGUUUUAGUGGCCACUAUAGAGGUUCUCUAUUUAGUGGCCACUUUAGUAGUUUUUCAUUCAGUAUUCCUUCCAGAUAAUUUUAAAACAAACAGAUUGGACCAGUUAUGUUAAUCCACUGACCCCUAAAGUGGCCACUAAAAAUUUUUAGUUGUCUAGUAGUAGCACUUAGACCUCCAUAGUGGCCACUAAUUUUGAACCCCUUAGGUUGCCACUAAUUUUACUACUAUAGUGGCCACUAAAAAUUUCAAUUUCCUCUAUAAUCAGCUUUCCAUAUUUUCCCAAGAGUUUCGAUUCAGAAAGAAGAUCCCUUGGAGGUAGACGUCGUUUUGAGGAAGCAGAUCAUUCACUGUGUUCUCCUGAACAUGGGCCGGAAAAUUUUCUGGAACUUGGCCUCGAGUCGGGAUCGAGGAUGA